GCCCGUGAGAGGUACAGUAUAGCUUUGUGUCCACACGGUAUUCGAUGGAUAUCGCGUUGAUCGAUUACAUGGAACAUGAUGAGGUGGUUACCGAUUUUAUCACUGGCCCUGUCGCUCUUGGCGGCCGACCACGCCGCGUCUUCGGGAAAAAUUCCUAGUUAUGUGUCGCCGUGCAAGAAAGAUUCCGACGAUUUAAAUCAAUGCAUUGUCAACGCGUGGGAAGCACUCAGGCCCAAGAUGGGCGAAGGCAUUCCCAAACUCAAAAUACCUCCUUUAGAGCCCUUCUCGAUACCGGAAACGAGUAUAGACAGAAGGACGGAUUCUCUAGAUGUGAAAGCCACCAUGACACAGUUAGCAAUUAUGGGAGUGAACAGCGUAAUAUUUUCCAAACUAAAUGUGGACCUAGCGGAUUUGUCGGGAUCGGUGAGCCUGGCGUUUGCCGAUUUGAACGUGACCACAUUAUACGUUAUGGACGCAAUGCUCAUGAAAAUCGUGCCCAUGAAAGGGCAAGGGAAAUUUAACGGCACUUUGAAUGACGUUAGAGUGAACGUGACCGGAAGAGCGGAACUGAGUCCGAAAAACGAGCGUGGCAACAGUUACCUGAAACUCGUCGAGAUUAAAUUUAAAGGGUUUAUCGGCGACGCUAUUGGACGACUAGUGGACACUACUAACAACCCGGAAAAUAAGAUUUUUGCUGAAACGGCCAACAUGUUUUACGACAAUAACAGACGUGGAGUGCUCGACAUAUUAACGCCGUUUAUCGAAGAGUUUUGCGAAUCACUCGUCUUGGGAUUAGCCAAUCAGAUACUGUCCUCGGUGCCGUUUGAAGAAAUGUUCAUCGAAGCAGCAUCCAAAGGGCCGCUUCAGAAACCAAAUAUUACAUUACUAUGAUAUUGCACAAUGAAAUCAUUCAAUAUAGUUUUAAUUACAUAAAUUUUAUCAUUA